GAUGAUUGGUUUCCUCGAUGGUUAACGAUUUGAGAACACCUUGACAGGAAGGCCUACUCAAGCAGACGACAAGACGAAAGCAGUUUCUCGCAUUCGACGAGAAUUACGUCUCGCUCAGUACGAGACCUAGUUCUCCCCUCCCCCUUCCGCUGGUAGCUAGCGACUGCACUCGAUUUCUCGCCAUUCAGUUACAGGCAGGCGCAGAAGCGCUAGCCGUGGAGAGACGUUGUAGACGAUGAGGGAUAUGGUUAGCAAGAUGGCCGAGCUAAAGUUCGAAGCUCCAUUGGCACAGUUCGAGGAAACAGAAGAUUGGGGAGUAAUGCCAGGAGAGUUCCAGCAACACCAGAUGACAUCCACAUCUAUAACAGGGAGUGAAGACAAUUUCAUUCAUCAAGACGCAAGAAAUUCGAACAACUUCAACAAGGAAGCUGCUUUAGGAGGCCUAUUGUCAACAUCAACAAACAAUGGAAUUGUAGUGUUACCACCACAGUUAAGCCAACAGUUGAAUGACAAUGACGCAGUGUUACAAACUGCACAACAGUUGUCAUCUCCAGAGCAGAAGUCGAUACAAGUUCAGAAUCUGCAGCAGCAAAAUAUCGUGGGGAAUCCCCCUCAUGUUGGGGGCGGUGGUGGUGGCGGAGGAUCAGAAGUUUCGUCAGUAGCCGAUAACUUCACCGAGACCUUCUCUGGAUCUUUGGAGGACCUUGUCAACACUUUCGACGACAAGAUAACACGUUGUUUCUGCAACUAUGACGAGUCUGUGGAGAAAUUAGCACCGGUCCAGGUUCGAACCCAGGAGGAAAUUAUGAACGAAUGCCAGAUGUGGUGGACAAUAACUGGUAAUUUUGGAAAUAUCCUUCCUAUUGACUGGUCAAAGUCAUAUGCGAGGAAAUUGCAUAUGCCAGCUUUAAACCUCAAUGAAAAUAAGGAAACACUUUCUCCAGACGACGAUCUGCUAGAUCUGAGCUCCGAGGACGAAGCUGUGGCCAAUGACCUGGACAUGCAUUCACUCAUCCUCUCUGGUCUUCAUCAGGACACGGAGCCUGUGAAAACAGCGGAGGAGGUGAUCAGGGAAAUUGAUGAUAUGAUGCAGGAGACUCCAUCAACUGAAUGCUCGCCUGAUUCUGACGGCUCGCUGCUCGACUCGACUGACACAUUGGAAAUGAAGGGAAAAGAAGUAUUUCAGUCGCCCUUAUAUGAAGAUAAAUUGAUAACUUUGAGUCUGUCUCAACUGAAUGAACUCUACCUGGAAUUAGAAGUUCUAAUCCGAGAGUUUUCAGAGACGCUUAUCGCAGAACUUGCAUUGCGCGAUGAACUAGAAUAUGAGAAGGAGUUGAAGAAUACUUUUAUCUCACUUCUGCUCGCUGUUCAGAACAAACGGCGCCAGUACCACGUCGAACGCAAGCGAACGGGACGCAGCAACGCCUCAACUCGAGUGCCGAACGGUCUCGACCCCAAGUAUCUGACGACGGUGAUCCCUUAUCACUUGGGGAGUGGUCCACCGGACAACCAAGCUCUUCAGGUCCUCAUCAAAAUACUGAAAGCUAUCAACGAGGACAGCCCCACCGUUCCUACGCUCCUUACGGAUUAUAUACUCAAAGUUCUGUGUCCAACGUAAGAGAACGGCAGAUGGAACCGGACAGCCGUCAUCAUUUUACCUACCAACACUUUGUGUGCUUCAAAACUUCUUGUUAUGUAAAACAAUUACAUGUAAUUGUAAAUCGUACAUGUGGUAGUUGUAGAUUUAUUUUCCUCGAAAGGUAUCGAUGGGACAUUUUAAAUCUUCGUAACGGAAAUAAUCUCGUCAAAUUACGAAGCGAUUCGGCCUGAAAAAUAAUCUCGGUCCAUACAGAACAUCGCUAGGAUUUUCACGUAAAAUCCGAAAUCACUUUAUAUUCCGCAAAAUUUUUCUGUAGCAAAAUUAAUAUUAAUUUCCGAGAAACUGAAAUGGUUCUCGUGUUUGAAACAGAAAUAAGCGUUGGUACAGCGCAUAAAAUAAACUUUAUAGUUCCACCACAGCUCUUCACGGCGCUGUUGGCCGCUUGACGUAAUAAAACUUCAUGUUUUCACCGCCGCUCUUCGCGGCGCUGUAAACCGCUUGACGUAAUAAAACUUCAUAUUUUCACCGCCGCACUUCACAGCGCUGUCGGCCGCUUGACGUAAUACUCGAGCUUACUGUUCGGUAAUGCGCGCGCAGAAGAAAAAAAUCAGGUUAUCGACAGACACUUCGAAUCUCCUUCAUAGCGAGUUUUAUUAUUAAUUAACAUUUUAAGUUUCAUAUUCGAUUUAUAUUAAAAAUAUUAAUUAAAAUCUCUUUGUUCUGGAAAAUAUUUUGUGUAGGUCUAAAAUUGCUGAGAGUGAUUAAAGAAAUCGUAAUUCCUAAAAUAAAGACGCAGACUACGCUAGUCAUCAGUGCCAUGGGGACGAAAAAACACGGGACAAACGUUUAGAGUGUUGAGGAUGUGGGGAAAAAAAAAGCCUUUUCUAAUACAUAUUUAUUACGCUACGAAUAUUUAAUUACCAUUCCAAGCUUCCUUUGAAAUAUCUAGCAGGCGCUUUUGUUACGGUCGUGAGGAUAAUUAAUGUCGGUGGAACAGAUGAACGUCGCGGUUUAUUCCCGCCAUUUAUCGUGUUUUCCCACAAAAUCUGUACUCUGCACUUCGAGAUAUUAGCCAUAGAAUGUUUUGUGAUGCUGUGUUGUGUAUUUUUUGUGUGUGCAUGUGUAUUUAAUUAUUUAAAAUAUAGGGAAAAAAUACUUUGAAUUAUUUCCCAGUGCAAUGUAAUUUUUCUUCUCCGUGUAAUUGUACAUAGUUUAUUUUUAAGUAAUUUAAAAAUUAAAACUCGAAGAAAUGGUUAAAGUUUAUUAGUUCAGAAACCGCAUCGAAUUAUUUAAAAAGAAUUACAAAAAAAAAAUUAGAGUGGUUAAUUAAAACCAAAGACUGCGUUAGUUUUCGUCUGUGUUAGAUUAAAAGUAAUUGCCGAGGUGGAGCCGAUGCUUAGCUGGUGAUUUUACUCUGGUGAUUUUUUACUCUUUAACAGCUGUGUUUCACCUUCUUGCCAUUCGUUCAGAUAUUUGCACCGUGAUUCACAUUUAAAAUAAAUGGAAUAAUAAUAUCGCGUAUGAAUUAAAAAUACGCCCGAGUGACACUUCGUUGUAAUGUAAAACGUGCAUGUUUAUUAUAUAUAUAUAUAUAUAUAUAUACGCCUUGUACAAAAUUGUAAAAAUAUAAUUAUUUUUAAUUUUUAUAUAUUAUUUCUUGUUACUCUCUUUAAUUGCGUCUUCUAAAAAUACGAGUGGUUAUAAUUGUUUGAUUAGAGUAGCAGAGUGUGUCUAGUAUUUUAUUACAGUCAACUGUAUUAAUUUUUUUUAAUUUAAACGCUUAAAUACGAAUGACUGGGCGUUUUUACGAUAUAUCACACUGCGUCGGUAUUUUGAAUUCGUAUAUAGCUGCUACUCAUUUUGGGUGUGAAUAAUCGGUGACAUGCCCUUGGUUGAACUUUAACCCCGGAAAAAGGACCCGCGGUAUCCAUCGGAUAGGAGGCGGUCUGAAUACGGGGACUAUAAGAACAAUUGCCCCCGCCAGGGAUCGAAACCCUGCCAUCGAGUCUUUAAUCGGAUUACUAGCCGAGUUAUUCCAACUCCCAGAGACGUUUUGUGCCCUUUUUAGCGUGUUAGCAGAAAUAAAAUGUUUCGUGACGUAAUUACGCUUUUCCUUGGCUUUAUAAUUAAAUCUAAAUGCUUUUGUUGUUACGUUUAUGAUUAUGGUAAAAUUGCAGUAGAGGAAAUUAGUAUCUUAACUAGAAUCUUAAUUCCUUUUGAUUCAAAAAUGUUAAACAGCUAAUAUAAAAUAAUAAUAUUUAGUUGAAAGAUAAUUAAUUUUGCGUGAAGGUUACUGUGAUUAAGCGAGCCUGUGAUUUGGAAGUGCGAAGAGCCUGUCGUAAAAAUUACGUUUUAUGAAAUUCUAUCAUUCUAGUUUAUUAAAAUACAUUUUAGAGGUCAAUAAUUAUUUGUUUUUUUUUUUUAGUAAUGAGCCCUUUUGCCUCAAAAAUGAUAGCAUUUUUUUUAAUAACCAUGAAAUAUAUUCUGAUAAAAAUGAUACAUGAUAAAUUAUCGUUACUGUAAGAAUAUUUAUAUUUAAUAUUGAAAAGUUCAUUAUAAAUCUUAAUAAAAAUUAUUCCCUUCGAAGCUUGCAGUACUAAAGUUCAUGAGCAAAUUAGUGAAUUAAUUAUAAAUUUCUAAUUAAUAUGGUAGCCGUAAGCUGUCUUAAGGUAGUCCGAAUUUCACGGUGAUUUGUGAAAAAUUACUGGACACACUUAAUUUCUCUGCUACUUAAAUUAAUGCAGCUUAAAUGAAAUUAUCAUAUUUAAUCCCUGUCGGAAACACCGUUUUUUCGCACUCUGUUCUAAUGUGAUGUUACGCUAAAAAUCUUGUGGCUUGUCAAUAUUUUUUAUUGUUCUGGUCGAGUUACGUCAGAACACUGGCCUUGCAAUUUAUUCUGUAUAAAUAUUAUACAGUAUUAUUUAUAAUAAUAACUGUAUGCAACAAUAAAAUGUAUGCCUUUGUAAUUUAA